GGUGGUAUACAGGCAGUUUGUGUUAUUGUUCAGAAAGUUGCUGUAUUCGGAUCUUGAGACAUUCUGGUUACAUGAGAAUUUUGAGAUUUCGUAAAUGCAGUACUGUCAGAUGUGGAAAAUUUAGUAGAUGACAAGUGUAAGAAUGAAAAGAUUUGAAUCACUUUCAUCUUCAGGGUCUAGGCCACACCUCAGAGGGUAUUCAGAGCCGAGCUCAACAAUGCCUCUGUACUUGGAGCAAGAAGGGCUUUUAACAAGGAAAACCCAUCAGGAUAAUUUUGAGUUUAUGACCUCCACUCAACUUAGGGAUGAAUUAAGGAGAGAGAAACUAAGGCGAAGGGAGACAGAGGUUCAACUUGACUCAAUGAAGCAUCCCAAUACAUUCUAUAAUUCUCCAGGGGGAUACUCUAGCCCAGUGCUGCGGCAUACAGAACUAUCCCAUAAUAGCAUGGAUUCUGAUAGUGGAAUAAGUUUUUCCAAUAGGACAAAGUCCCCCGUUGGUCACAGUCCCCUUCUGAUGAUGGCUAGGGGUGAGGUCAGUCCCCAGACAUCAACCAAGAUUGAUGGCCUAUCACUGAGGAGUAUGAAGGAUGCCAUGUAUGAGAGUGAGAAGAGGCGUGUCGCGCUGAUGGACAAACUCAGAGAGGCUCAGGAAACUUUACAGUUACAGACAGACCAGCUACGUGAACAUGAGGCAAUGUUGACCGAUAAACAGAACACUGUUCAGGCCCUAGUGACAACUAAUGAGUCUCUACAACAGAAAAUAAUCAAUUUACAAAGACAAUCAGAUGUGAAUGAAGUAAGUCGGAAUGAAACAGACAAGAAAAAGGAAGUACUACAGCGCAGGGUUGAUGACUUAGACCAGAAGUUGAAAAGUCUGCAAACAUCCCAUUCAACCAUACAGUCAGAGCAUCGUCAGAGGGAGGUGAUGUUGGAGCAGACUACACUUACUCUUAAACUUGUUGAAGAAGAGAAUGAUCAAUUAAAACAAACUAGAGAUACAAUGCUGAAGGAAGCAUUAGCCUUGAGGGAAUCACUUCAAAUGUCGCGUACAAAAUGUGAAAAGUUUAAGGUGGAGCAGAAGGAGCAUGAAGGAAUUCGGCAGAAUUGUAACUUGUUGACUUCAAAGAACAUGGAGAUAUCAUCAGAGUUGUUGGAGAGUCAAAGCAUAGUUAAUGAACUUAGGAAUCAGUUGCAAUUUAUUGAAGGAGACAAAAUGAAAUUAAUUCAAGAACGAGACUCAUUUCAAAGUCGUGCAGUUGAUCUUGAAGAGACAUGCUCUGACUUGAGUAAUAAACUUGGCACAGCAUCAAACACCAAGGAACGACUGAUACAAGAAAAAGUGGAUCUCCAGCAACUUUUGAAGUAUGCAGGAUUUGAGAAAGAACAAAUAUUAACGGCUAAAAAAGAAUUGGAGGAACGGGUAGAAGAGUUUAGGACAUCGUCUCAUAGAUUGACCAAUGAACUAAGAGAUGCUCAACAAGAUAAAGAGAGAUUGGAAAAUGAAUUGUCAGCGGUGAAGAAGGUUGGAGAAGGUCUAUCAUCAGAAUUAUCAACAGUUAAAAAAAAUUUAGAAGCUACAGAGGAGGAAGAACGACAACUUCAAUCAGAGAAAAAGUCGGCCCAGCAACAGAGUGCAUACUGGGAAAACGAAGUGAAAAGACUUACUGGAGAAAGAGACUCCUACAGCAAGAGUGUGGAUAGACUACGUCUUGAAUUAGACCGAGAACGAGAUCAGAACUCCGAACAGAGUCAUCAACUUCGAGAAAAUGUUCGCUUGAUACGACAAGAAAGAGAUGAGCUGCAGACAAAGUGUCAAGAGCUAGAAACUAAACACAAGAAAGCCAACAGUGACCUCCAUCAGGCAACACUCAUCCACCAACAGGAGCUAGAUGACUGGAAAUCAUCCUGUGAACAACUUACAAACAACAUAAGUGAGAAGAAUGAUGAAAUAUUGAUGCUAACAGAAAAAAUGGAAGAAGCAAGUGAGAAGUUGAAUGAAUUGCAUGGUGAGAACUCUGCAUAUAGAAUCCGCCAGGAAAACUUUGAUGACUACGAAAGAGAAAUUGACCGUCUCCAGGAGAGACUCCAGGAACUGACCAAUCAGCAUGCUGAAGACCAGCAAGUCAUCUCUUUGCUGGAGAUGCAGAAGAAUAUAUUAAGCAAAAACCAAUCAUCUGCAGGCAACAAAUUGAACUCAGAUCAUCUUAAAGCUGAGGUCGAAAGGUUAAAAGCAGAACUCCAACUAUCACAGGACAAGAUGAUAGAGUUAAGGGCAGAGAUUGAUCGAACCCAGAGCACAGAGCAACUGCAAUUUAUUCGGCCGUGCAGCAAAUGUGAAGAAUAUUUGGAAUCAAAUGCAAGACUACGGGAAAUCAACAAAAUGAUGACAGACAGGGUGUCAAAGGUUGAAAAUGAUGCUGAGAUGAGCAGCAAACGAGCAUCGGAAGCCAGCCAUUUUAAGGCAAAGUCUCUAAGUCUUGAGGAACAAAUUGAUACGCUUCAAGACUUAAAUCUCAAUCUUAGCAAACAAGUUGCCAAACUUGAGCUGGAGAACCUACAGAUGUCAGAAAGGGUGGGCAAAGCUCAAGAAGUCGGACUACGCAAUAAUGACCUUGACGAGCAAAACCAGACGCUUCAAGAAUUAAACAAGAUGUUGACUAAUAAGAUAUCACGUUUAGAGCAAGAGCAUCAAUCGGUAAAUCAUGCUCGAGAGAGGGAGCUGUUUGAGCAGAACCAAACGCUAACAGAUAUUAAUCAAAUGCUCACAGAAAAACUGUCAAAAAUGGAACAAGAAAAGAAGGAGCUUGUUAUGAAUCAGUCAAAAGAGCCAGUGGUAUCACUCAAAGAAUUUGACAGGAUUGAUCGUGAAAAGGAUAAAGUAAAUGCAGACAUGGAGACCCUGAGACAUGAGUAUGAAGACUUACAAGAGAGACACAAACAAUUUGUUUCUGAACAUCUAUCACGAACACUGGAGACAUCUAACACAAUGUCCCCAGAGUCUAAGGAUAUCUACGACUCUGAGAUGCGCAAAUUGAAGACCGAGAAUGAAACACUACGAAGGCAGAACGACCUUUCGCACAGUCAGACCGUGAUUGCAGACAACGCUCGAAAACGGGCUGAAGAUAGAAUUCAUCAAACUGAACUCGCUUUAGCUGAUUUGAGAAAAUCAUAUGAAUCGUCUUUAUCUGGUAAAGCAAGCAACAAAGAAGAAAUACUUAAGUUGGAGGGUGAAGUUAGAAGUCAGGUGAUCAAGAAUGAGAGUUUGCAGCAAACCAUCAGCAAACUUCAAGCUGAAAAUAAACGUUUGGUAGAUACCCAACAACAAAAACAAGAUAAAGGCGAAUGCCCUGAUUGUAAGCGAACAAGGGUAGAGCUUGACUCCAUACUCCAGGAAAAAGACUUACUGGAGGAAGAGAAUGAAGAAUUGAAACAAGAUGUAGAACAACUUGAGUCACAAUUAGAUAUAAUGCAGCAAGAUGUGGAUAAUAGGUCAUUGCAUCUGAAAUCUGUGAGUUAUGACACUAAGCCUAAAGAUUCCUCUGAUGGAUCAACUGCCAGACAUAUAUCAUUUUCUGAGAAGACAAUCCUAAAGGAUUCUAAUGUUAGCGUAUCCAAACCAGAGAUAUCAAACUUUAGAUCACAAGGAUCUCCAAGACAUUUAACUUCAGAUCGCCGGUUAUCAGAGAGGGAGAUUAAAUCAAUUAAACAAAAUAGUAGUCCAAGGAGAUACUCAAUGCAGGAGUUGGACCCAUCUUUACCACUUUCAUCCAUCAAAGGGGUUAGAAGUCAUACCAGUACCGAGAGGAGACAGUCGCAGUUGAGGGAACUCAUGUUGCCAGCAAAGUUUGGGCGUAAUGAUCCAACCUACAUGUCAUCAGGGAGCAGAGUAGAUGAAACUUCUGCUUGUAGUUCUAUUUCAAAUACUGUGAUCAAUAUAUCAAAGAUACCUGUGAGAAUGUUGGAUACGAGUAGCUUCUUGCAGCGACCAAACAUCACAGCAGAUGAGGCAGAUUAGCAAGUGAAUUAACAAGACUGGACAAGUGUUAGGAUAUUGAAACUUGAAAGGAAGAAACGGAGGAAUAACAAUCAACAACGGAUUAUAAUCUGUAUUUAAAUUGCUUUUCGUGUCUAUUACUGCCCACUUGCGGCAAGUAGACAUUUUGCUAUCAUCUCCUAUAAGUUGUAAGAGUAAAUCUGGAUGGAGGAAUGAUGGGUGCAUCAUAAGUUAAAUAGAGAUGAAUAGUCUUCCAACAGUAAGCAUAUAAAAUAUAAUGCCAUCCCUAGAUAAGACCUGUCCUAGAAUAACUUAAAAGUCAACAAUCUGUUACAAGUAGUAGAUACACACUCCCGCUAGGAGCCUAUUUUUGUUAAUACUCUGUAGCAUUCAAUUGAAAAUUAAAGCAAAAAACAUUUUCCUCAACAAUUAAUGAAUGUCAAAAUAAUUUUAUUAUGCUACACUUGGACCCUUCAAUUUGCUGGCAAAUGUGUGUGUGUGUGUGUAUGUAUGUAUGUAUGUAUGUAUUGUUUGUAUGCCUUUUUCCAAUUCCUUAUGAUUUAAUCAUUUUAUAUAUUGUAAUUGUUAUAUUUGAAUUGAUGUUGAUAUUUUAUCCUGUUUUAAUAAAAUGUUCAAGGAUAUUUAAAAGCAAAGAAGCUGAGAAGAGU